CGAGGACCCUGACCAAGAUGACAAGCCCACAAAAAGGAAGAGAGUCUUACCACCAAAACAGGGAGCAGGAGCGGCCGGAGGAGCGGCCGCAGCACCGGCCCAACCUCUGGCUCAGCCUCCGGUCCAAGCUCCGGUCCAAGCUGCAGUCCAAGCUCCGGUCCAGGCUCCGGCCCAGGCUCCAACCCAAGCUUCAGCUGCACAACCUGCUAGCGGAGUCAAAAGGGCGCCACCGGCAUCUAACGAUGCAUCAGGCAGAGCAGCAAAGUCAAAAGAGACAGGUGCGCAGGGAAGGCCUCGUAAAAAAAAAAACCCGAGGGACCAAAAAGGAGCUAUGGGAUGUACGUCUGUCGAAAUGACAACGCGAACCCUCUCUUUCAGAGCGUCGAUCGGGAUCUCAGAACCCUGGUUGCACGGUGUAUGAUGGACGAGCCGGCGGACCGCCCCGGUAUGAACACGAUCCGCCGUGUCAUCGACCAUAAGUUGGGCCAGCGAUAUGGCAACAAUGACCCGGAUACCCUGAGGCUGAAUAAUGACCUGUCCACCUUGUAUUCAAACCCUCCUAAUCCUCCGGUACGAAGACGGCACAUCCAACAGUUACAAAAGUGGUUGCGUAGGGACCCUGGCAUUGACCCCUCUCAGAGCCCAAGUGACACCGAGGAUGAGGCGGACGGAGGUCAAACACAGCAGCAACAAGCACAGCAGCAACAAGCACAGCAGCAACAAGCACAGCAGCAACAAGCACAGCACAACAAGCACAGCAGCAACAAGCACAGCAGCAACUUCCACCACAACAGCAACUGCAGCAGCCUGGUCCACAGGCUGGUCCACAGCAACAGGUCGGACAACAGCAACAACUCGGACAACAGCAACAACUCGGACAACAGCAACAACUCGGACAACAGCAACAACUCGGACAACAGCAACAACUCGGACAACAGCAACAACUCGGACAACAGCAACAACUCGGACAACAGCAACAACCUCUAGCACAGCAGCAACCUCACUUGCACCCUAUUACUGGUGAGAACAUCUAUGACUUAGACUAGGUAGCUAAGAAGGUAGAGCGAAGAAGCAAGUCAGAUCACAG